GCGGUGGACAAACAACAAUGGAGUGGGCAAGCAAGUGAUGAACGCAGCGAGGAGAGCUUCAUCAAACAACACGGUGAUCAACGUCGUCUUGCUGGGUGCGUUCGGGCAUUGAGCGUGAGGUCACUGAGCCAACAGAGGAAUAUCAAAACCCUAGAGGCCGAGAUGGACUCGCUUCUCAAAUCCAACAAAGCCAUGAAAAAGACCAUGUGUUGGAAGCAACAGCUCUUCGCCGAAGCCUCUUCUUCCCCCGAAACUUCCUUCGUCCCUCUCUCCAAGCUCAAAUCCAUCUACGGCGAAUCCUCCACCACCUUCCAAUCUAGAAUUUUGAGUUCAAUCUACUCAUACAAUUUGAUUUAUCUGGUCAGAACUGAUGAGUGUCGGAAUUUGGUAAAUAUAGUUGGUGCAUCAUUUUUUAAUUUUUAUAAGUAGUUGAAAUAUUCUUUAGAAUAUUUUUUAAUAGUACAUUGUACUUGAUAUUUGUGGCUUCAAAUUAGUACUGUAUUUCAUCAUUCCAAACUAAUUAUCUCUGUAGCACUGAAAGUACAGAAGCAGAUGGUGUACUAUAUUACAGGAAUGAAUAAUGAUGGCAGAAACUGUUUUAAACAUGUUUUAAACAUGUCACCCCUUAUCAGGCCUCUUGAAGUGGUUGACAUAGUAUAAUAUUUCAGCAAAAAAGUAGGCAGAGAACAAAGUUUUUACAGCAUGGGCUUUUCUUACUAACAACUGGUGAAGCUUAACAGAGAUGCUCCAAGGGCAAUUUGCUGAUGGGUGAUAAUGGGGAGUGGUUAAAGGGGUUGCAUACAAAGUGGGUUUUGAACAAUUAUUCAAGCACAACUCUGAAUUGGUGGAUAAACUGUGAGAGUUAAUUCACAUAUUGUUAGAAUGCCAAAUGGGACCACAUCCAACAUUAGGACAGGGAGUAGAUGUGCCAUCUUGUUGCAUUUCUAAGGUUCAAUAUUCUUAGGAUAAUGAGAUCUUGGAUUGUUGGCAAAUUUAGUGGGAAGUCUUUUUGCAAUAUUGUGAGGAAAAUGGCUUGGGCGGCAAUGCUGUACUAUAUCUGGCAGGAGAGAAAUCAUAGGGUUUUCAAAGGAUGUCAUAGGCCUUCUUAUUUGAUGAAUCAGAUUAAGUCUGAUAUUAGAGUUAAAUGUUCUCAGUUUGCUUCUUUAAGCAAUCUUAUCUGUUAAUGUGUAAGAACUCGCAGAUCUAUGAGAGAAGUUUUGCUCCUCAUUAGUCUAGUUGCCUCUUGUUUUUCUUGAUUCUUGUAUUUGGAAGGUCUUCCUUCCUUGAUUCUUAAAUUGUUUCUUUUAAUGAAAUUCUCACUUGCCUAAAAAACACGUUAGGACCAAUUGGCCGUAGAGAAUGGAAGAGCCUUUCCUCUUCUUGAUCACUUUCCUUGAAUUUUUACAUUUGUAGAGAGGAGGUUUUGAGUGGGGCGAUCAUUUGAUCAGAAGUGUUACCAGAGGGUAGCUCACUCCUUUAGAUGAUCAUUUUGUUUGAUCCAAAUAAAUUUGUUUCCUUGUCAAACAAGGUAGAGAUAGACAGUGUUGAAGCCCAUUAGAAGACCUGAGCCUAAGUUUCCAUAUUACCACCAACAGACCUUCAAGUUGACUAGCAUGUUGCAUCUUUUUAUCACUACUGUCUCUGGUUGAGUGAAAGUUCUUGCGGUCAAGUUUCCCUUGUCAUGACUGUAAUUGGCUGAUGAUUCAAAGCACAAAAACAGUAAAACACCACAUGAUUAUGAUCUAGGGAAAUAACAAUCUUCUAAGUUAUUUCUUCAAGUGCCUCCACCUUUUGGCAAUCACUUUUUUUUUCCAAUCCUAUAGCAAAUUUCCCCUCUUUCUUUUGGCCUGUGGAUAUGUUCUGGAAACUCAAAAUUUGCAAUUUCAAAUUGAAAAUUACCGUUGACAUUUAGUAGCUUAUUUGUACCUUUAGUCUGUAGUUGAGUAUGUUGUUUGCAUGAAUUAACUGUCUAAUGAGGGGAAGGCAUCAAUUACACCUAUGCACUGUAAUUUAAAAUCCAUAUACAGCAAUGCUUUCUCUCUUUCUGUGAUUUCUUUAUGAUCAUUACUAAUUUUAUGGAUUGUUAAUUUCUCCUUGCAUUUGUCGUUCUG